UGAAACUUACGUGUCGCGCUUCCGAGGACAAAUCUCAGUCGUCGAUGCUGACAUGAGCCGGGGAGUCGGUGUAACAACGUCUAGCAUUUUCUCCGCGUUUCUAUGUCCCCGUGAUACCUUGAGGCUUCUCCAACGGUUAUCUCUGGCUUCCGUGGGCCCUUGGGAUUUCAUCUCACCUCGUCCUUCGUGAUAUACGAAUAUCUGCUACUCUUUUCUGCCUACCACACCACUUACCCGCCUCACUACUUCCCACCGAAUUUUGCUACUACUUUUGACUUUCUUUACAUUUCCAGAUUUCUUUCUUAGGGUUAUUACUCGGGCCCGAAUCUCAUGUUACACUCAGAGGCCACCUUGAUUCCUUUCUUUUCUUUUGCUUCUCUUUCCUGGCCUCUUUUAUUUUAGGCUCGAUAACGACGGCUUGCGAAGCGGAUCUAAGAUGAGGGAACACGAUCCCCUUGUCCUAUCCUAUUCCCACCUGGCGCACUUCCCCCGGGCGUCGGAAGCCCUGCAAACGCUCAAGAAGGUGGCUUCGUUGGUGAAGCCCAUCAUGCGGGCCAGGAAGUGGAAGGUCGGCGAGCUGGCCGAGUUCCUUCCCAAUCAGCAUAACCUGCUGGGGCUAAACGUCAACCGCGGCGCGAAGAUUCUCCUCCGUCUCCGGCAUGCGGGCGACCGGAACCAGUUCUUAGCGGUGGAGCAAGUGGUCGAUACGAUGCUGCACGAGCUUUCGCACAUCGUCCACGGGCCGCACGACGACAGGUUCCACGCCCUCUGGAACCAGCUGCGCGACGAGCACGAAGGUCUCGUCAUGAAGGGCUACACGGGCGAAGGGUUCCUCUCGGCCGGUCGCCGACUGGGCGGCGGCAGCAGCAGCAGCAGCAGCAGCAGGAGGAUCCCGAUGCAGGAGGCGAGACGGUUGGCGCGGGCGGCGGCCGAGGAGCGGACGCGGCGGCAGAAAGCGGCGUGGGCGACGGGGUCCGGCGGGCGGCGGGUAGGCGGUGCUGCGCCGCGGCCGGGGCCGGGGCAGGAUAUACGGCGGACGAUCGCGGCGGCGGCGGAGAGGCGCAAGAGGACGAUGCAAGGGUGCGGGACGGCGGGCGGGGGGCUCGGGGAAGGGGAUAUUCGACGGAUCGAGGCGGAGGCGGCGCGGGGCGGGUUUCGGACGAAGGCGGAGGAGGAUGCGGCGAACGAGGCGGCUAUUGCGCAGGCGUUGUGGGAGUUGGUGCAGGAGGAGGAGAAGCUGAAGUAUGGGAACUAUUAUGUGCCGCCUAGCGCGGAACGGCCGGAGGGCAGUGGGGGGGGUUCGGUGAUGCAUGGACCGUCGUCGACGAGGUUGUUGGACCAGCAACCGCUGCCACCGCUGCCACCACCACCACCACCGCAGUCGGCCCAACGGGGAUGGACGUGUGGGGUGUGCACCCUGCACAAUCCCUCAACGUUCCUUUGCUGCGACGCGUGCGGUGCCGAGAAGGGUUCAAAGACGAAGGAGGAUGUGGGGGAGACACGCUGGACGCCUAAUGAGGAGAAACGGCGCCAGCAACAGCAACAGCAACAGCAACAGCAGCGGGCCUCGAUGUCGGGUACCACCACAUCUACAUCUACGGUGAAAACGCCGCCGAGGCGAAGCGAGACCAUCGACCUCACAGAGAGUCCUCCCAAUGUCGGGGCGAAGCAGGUGGCUGGGGAUAGGAAUAGGAGUACACGAAUCACGGGCAAUACCCGAAACAGGCGGGACGCAGCGCCGAGCACGGCGGCGGUAGCGGCGGCAGCGAGGCCUGCCAAGGCGUCGGACUUUUGGCAGUGCUCGUUUUGCGGGACGUGCAUGGAGAGGGAGUGGUGGACUUGUUCAGCAUGCGGGCUGAUGAAAGACAAUUCCCGGUGAAUCCAACGAUUGGUGGUUGGUGCAUGGGAACGAGGAAAGGGAAAGGAGGAAGGAGGAGGAAGGAGGAGGAAGGAGGAGGAAGGAGGAAGAAUGAAUUUGCAGUGCAAUGUGACGUAUGACGAACAUGGUCUUGUCUUUGAUCCGGUCUAGACUCGCCCAGCUUGGCAUGGCCCCCUUUUCUUCCCAUACCUGGCAACUUUUUGUUGCUUUCCAUGGUGGUGAGUUCUUGGCUUACCUUACACAGC